ACCGAGUAAUUAAUUAGUGGAAACAUUUUGUUAAAUUUGUUUAGGGCCGAUCACAUUUUCUAAUUGUUUUUAUUUUAUUUUCUCUCAUUACUUGUGGUAUAAAGUUGAUGUUUUUUUUAUUAUUCUUUGUAAAUCGGUAUGACGAUUUUUAAUUAUUCUUCUCUUUUCUUGUUCUUUCUUAUUUUACUAUAUUUGGAUGUUGGCUGAACUUAAUUUUCAAUCGAUUGUUGCCAUUUCCUGGUGAUCUGGUUUUCUCUCUGUGACUAUGGACUUUUAUUAUUUGCACGCUGAUUCUAUUGUUGGUGUUGCUAAUUUUACUAUGAUUAGUUGUCAAUUGUUUUUUGCUUAUUUCUCUUUCACUUUGCUUCGACGUUUGUUUGUUUUCUCUUCUUUACAAGAGUUUUAUUGAAAUUGGAUUGACUAUUUUUUCGUGACACUUGGAAAACCAUGGCACCUCCAUCAGCAUCAGCUUCAUCUUCAUCUAUAUCGGAUCAAGCAUUUUGUUUGAAACUUAAUAGUCACCAAAAUCAUUUGGUCUCAGCAUUCCAAAGACUUUACAACGAUGAAAUUUUAACCGAUUGUACUAUUUCCUGUCAAGGUGGAACCAUCAAAGCUCAUAAAUUGGUUCUCUCUGCAUGUUCCCCUUAUUUCACAGAUCUCUUUGCAUAUUUUUCUAACCCAAACCAAUAUCCAAUAGUUAUACUCAAGGACAUGUCAAUCUCUGAUCUUGAAGCAAUUAUUGAAUUUAUGUACAAGGGGGAAGUUACAAUUCCUCAAAGUAGUUUACCCUCAGUUUUGGACUCAGCUAAAGCGCUAAUGAUUAUUGGACUAAUGGACAUUAAGGUUGAAACUAGUCCUAAGGAUAAGGAAUCUUCGCCUCGCGGUAGUUACAAAAGGAAAAGACGUCAACGUACUUCUAUUAAACAACCACAAGCUGAAGAGAUUUCAGAAUCCGAUGUUUCGGAAAAUGAUCUCUGUGAAGAUGAAUCUCAUGCAAAAGUUUCUAAAGGAGAAGAAGGAGAUCUUGUAAUUCUCCAACACGAGGUCUUAUCUAAACCCUCUGAAAUAAUAAUCGAAAGUGCAUCCAAUGAACCACAGGCCAAUGUUAAUUCUCGUUUAGCUGAAUAUCCUCAAGUUUUAAACGAAGCAGAUGAUUCGAGUUGCUCUUUACCUGGACCAUCAACUCGUUACCCUCGCCCUGUCUGUAAAUUGUCCCCAUCAGCAGCUUUUAAAGCCAAUUUGAGACAAAUGAGAAUAGAGAAAAUUCAACACUCAACGGGUGGAUUAAGUGGUCGAAAAAUGUGGUCGGAAGAGGAAACAAAAACACUUGUUGAUGUUUGGGAUGAAGAAUCAGCCGGUAUUUGGAGAUCAUCAAGUAAAAAAAUGAUAUCUCUUCAAAGGAUAAGUGAUAUUCUACAACAGCGUAACGUGGAUCGUGAUGUGUCGCAGGUCGAAGGUAAAAUCAAAGCUCUAAAACGUGAUUUCAAAGCAGUUAAAGCAAAUAAAGCGAUCCCAUCAGUUCAAGCUCGAAUGGCUCCUUAUCUUGACAAAUUGGAAUCAAUUUUCCUAAGGGAAGAAUUAUGA